AUGCCUUCCACCCAGCACCUCAAGGGAGUGGCCGUGCUCAUAACGAUGCCACACACCAUAUGGCUACAUCUUCUUCACAAGGCUCGACUCGGUUACAUAGUCGGUAUCGAUCCUGACGCCUCCACGGCCUCAUGCUGCCCCAUCAAGUCCCGCGACUCUGGUCCUGGUCCUCUAGUACACGUACCGAAACUUCCUCUGGUCCGGCCAAAGGCUUAA